UCUUGGGAAACGUAUUGUCGAUGUCAGAGUUAAUAAAAUUAUGUCUGAACAGAAAAAGCAGACAUUUUUCGUAACUUGGAAAUUUAGAAAGUAUAAUGCAGCGUCAUAUUUUGAGAACAACGCAAUAAUAUACAGUUCUGCAUUUGUAGCUGGAGGUUUUAAUUGGAAAAUUUUUUCUAUGUGUCUUAACCCCAAAUUAGGUGACGGUGGAGUCAGGUGCGAGUUGCGUCCACAGCACACUUUAAAAAAGUCAAACGUUCCUUUUAAUUACCAAUUCUUUUUGCUGAACCCUAAUAAUAACAUUAUUUUUAGAAGCUCUAAAGUUUUAAAUGAUACUCUAACAUCCAAUUUGCUGGAAUCUUGUAUCAUGAUCAAAUCUUGCGACUUGUUGCAGAAAAUGUCAUAUUGGUCAGAAGAUACACUAGUUUUUCAGUGCCUAAUAGAAUGGGACCUUGAUCUGUUUCCUCGAUGUUUGGAUGAUGUGGAUUAUGCCACGGGUUGUGAAAUUGAAACUGAAUUACAUAAAAAUUCAGAACUUGAAUGGACCUUUGAAAUGCCUCACUUUCUAGGCUGGUCAGAAAGUAGAGAUAUCUGCAUUUCAGACAAGCCAUUAAAAGUGACAUUCGAAUCCGUUGACUAUAAUUUGCAAAUUAAAUUCUCAAAUUAUAAAGAAAAUAGGGAAUUGAGAUUUACAUGUCACGCAACAUUAGUAAACGUAGCAGAUACGAAGAAGAGUAGGAUAUUUAUCUCAACAAAAGAAGGUUUUGCAGUAUUUCCUCAUUUAUUCUCAGUAGAGCAGUUACAAAAACUAGGGAGCUUUCCGCUAACUUUCAAUUUUGUAUUUUCUGAUGUCUACUUUUGCAGUCCAGCAAGUUAUAUAUACGAAGAUACCGAAACGGUAACAAAUGCUGUUUUAACAAGCUCUUCUUCUGAUCAGGAUUGCAGUAUCAAAGACGCACCACAAGCUGAUGGUCUGUCAUAUUUACAACAGGACCUCCACAGUUUGCUGGUGGAUAAAAAAUUUGCUGACGUCAAAUUGCGUGCUGAUGAUGAUUUUUUUUCUGCCCACAAAAACAUACUGGCUGCCCGUUCACCCGUGUUCUCAGCCAUGUUUGAUCAAGACAUGGUAGAGGGUAAAUCAGGUAUCGUGGAUAUAAUCGAUGUGGAUGCAAAAACUUUAAAAUCGUUCCUUGAUUACAUAUAUACUAGUACAGUAGAUACGAUGGAUGAAGAAACCGCAACGAAUCUGCUGGUUGUUGCCGAUAAGUAUCAAGUAGUUCCUCUGAUAGAAAAAUGUUCUGCUUAUUUGAAGUCUGUUCUGUCUGUUACAAAUGCCUGUAAAGUACUGUUGUUAGCUGAUAUGAUGAAUAAUGAUUAUUUGAAACCAUUAGCGAUAGGUUACAUAGUUGAAAACUCCACAACUAUUUUAACUUCACCAGAGUGGCUCCAGUUAUUAAAAACAAAUAACACUCUAGCAACAGACGUCCUUAUCAAAGUUUCGAAGAAGUUUGACGACAGAACCAAACAUGUUUAAUACACUGAAGAGAAUUUACCUUGUAAGAUGGAAAUUGUUUUAUAAAACAGAUGGAAUUUCCCAUGUAUACACUGUACUAUGUAUCCAAUAAAUUUUGAUUAAGUUACGACGCAAUUAUGGUAUAAAAUUUGGUUGAAAUUAAUAAAUUCAUUGUG